AUGUCGUAUCAGUACCCCUCGCCGACCACGCCACCACCGCCAUAUGAUACAGGCUAUCCCAUUCCUUCGCAGCCCGCUGGAAUGGGCAUGAGAUCACCGGGAGAACCAGUGAAAACCGAGGGCGACCCGGCCACCUUGCACUUCGACGGCAAGCGAGAAUCACCAGACCCGGGACUGGCAACAGCCGACCAAGCACAAGCGUCCGAUCCAGCGAACAUGGGCAUCGGUGCCGACAAGAAGAGAGGAAAGCUGAAUUACCACCGAGCAGGGACUGCAUGUACAAAUUGCCGGAAGCGUAAGAUCAGGUGCGUGCAGACGCGAGGCCCGAAGUGCGAGCAAUGCCAGCGACUUCACAAAGAAUGCGUCAUCACGGCCGUGGACCAGCAGCAGAGCUCCAUGGAUGCCAGGAACAAGCCAAUACCACGCCCAACCGCGGGUCACAGGCUUGCCUCAGCCGGUUCUUCCCCGAGCAUGCAUCACCAUGUGGCCAUGGCGAUGCCCCCAAUGCAGAAUAUGGGGCUGGCAGACCCACCAGAUCUCAAGAGUAAGCAUCCCUUUGCCCCGCGCUUAGAUGCUGUUGCUUGGGGCCAUUCGAUUCGGAGGAGGCUUGGUGAUAACAACAAGCUUGCAGUACCUCAUGGCGGACCCAUGAACCGCGCAUAUCCCGAUUACGGCAGUCCGGGGAUGACGGGCACGUGGCAGCCGUUCAGCCAGGCCCCGCCCGUAGUACCGACCUUUUCACCUUACCAGCGCGCCACCCCUCCUCCCGGGGCCUGGCCAGCUCCUCCAGUCGCGGGGGACGCGUCGACGAGAGACCAGAUGCAGUGGAAUUCAUACCCUGCCCCAAACCAGUCAUUCGCGGCCAUGUCGCAGAUGACGGCCGACGCUUACGGCCGAAAAACGCCCAACCCCAUGUCUCCAACAGAGAUGUAUCCUACCGUGCCGAACAUGGGAUCGCCCCAGGUGACCAGCUACGGCCCAUGGCAGCAGACGUACCCCCCGCCCACGAUGCCGAGACCAGGAGACGGCUUCGGGGGCUGGUAUGGGGAGGGCGAAGGUGCAGGCUCCCAGCCGCCACCUGGCAAUGCUUCGCACGACUGGAACUGGAACGUGCAUGGGAAACCGGAGCAGGGCGAGACGCGGAGUUAG